GUCACCCCCGACUGACGCUCUGCUCCUAGUGACGCUGGACAGCAGUCAGUGACAGGUAAACAUCGCACCACCACGGAUCUCAGCCAGCUUCGGCUUCGCUGUGUCCCUCGUCCAGCGGCUCUCUUUUCGGAACCCCUUUCUCGCGGCGCCGGAGAACGUCGGUUCGAGCGCAGCUCCGCUCCUCCGCAGGCAGAGCAGCCCUGGCCCUGGCUGUGUGUGUGACUGACUCUGUGUGCUCUGCUCCAGCUCUCCACAAGUUACACCUCCUUCCAUCACUUUAAAGGGAUGCUGGGGUACAUCUGGCAGUACUUCUACACGUCCUUCUUCCGAUUCUGGCUGAAAUGGAUCCUCCGACAGGUGACGGGGAAAUGCGAGCUGCAGCGCAUUUGCAGCGGCUAUAAACAAGGCGCGCCUCGGACCAGCAGAGCGGAAUAUUCACUCGAGUCCUCAAAAAGUAAGGCGUUAAGAAGUGCAGUCAGCGUAGAUGAAGAUCAAGUGGAGAAGUGCGUUGUGGCUAUAAUGCAGGAAAAGAAUAUUCAUUCCCAGAAAGAUCCCACCUUCAAAGCAAAUCUCCGAGUUUGUAUAUUCCAAAUAACUGGAUACAAAAAAUUAUACAACUCUGUGGAAAACCUCAGGAAAGAGGUAUUUGAUUCUGAAAAUAAAGCACACGAAGAUAUGCUUUUGAAGUUAUGGAACUUGCUGAAGCCCUCAGUGAAGCUAGAGUCCAGAAUUACGAAGCAGUGGGGAGACGUUGGUUUCCAGGGUGAUGAUCCAAAGACGGACUUCAGAGGAAUGGGCAUGCUGGGCUUGACCAAUCUCGUUUUCUUCAGUGAGAGAUACACAGAUUUGUCUCAACAAGUCCUGUCUCACUCAAACCAUCCCAAACUGGGUUACUCGUACGCCAUCGUGGGGAUUAACCUGACGGAGAUGGCCUACAGCUUGCUCAAGGCUGGGACGCUCAAACCUCACUUCUAUAACGGCGUUCUGGGAGUUCCGCAUCUGGAGCACUUCCAUCAACUCUACUGUUACCUCGCAUAUGAGUUUGAUAAGUUUUGGAUGGAGGAGGAGCCCACGAGCAUCAUGGAGUUUAACCAAUACCGGGAGAAGUUUCAGGAGAAGGUGAAGAAGCUCCUGGAGCAGCCGGACGUGUCCCUUUCGCUCCGAGAGCUUUCUGAUCAGUGACAACGGCACCUUCGUUUUCCUCUCAUAACCCUUACACUAAAAUACCUGCUUCCUUUAAAUUAAAAAUCCGUGACUUUUUUUACUCUAAUGUUUUUUACAGACUUAUGAAGUUAAACAACUAAAAUUGUUUAAAAAAAGAAAAAAAAGAAAGAAAAUAAAUCCAUCGGUGCUCACAUUGACUGUGGAUGGGGUUACAGCAUUUAAAUGAUAGAAAAAUCGCACGUGUUGCUAUUUGAAAUGGUUGCGUUUUUUAGUACCACGAUGGGUGAAAGCUAGUUGGAAAUCGGAAUGCGUGUAAAUUUGGGGAAAAACUGUUUUCGCUUAUUAAAGACACAGUCCUGGUUUUCUAGUCUUAACAUCCAAAUCUCAGGAAAUUUGUACUAAUAUCCAGAGAGCGAUGUGUCUUUUUACUGGUUAAAUAAGACUAGCUUUGCUUGUACCUUGUUGUUGCAGUUUCUUAAGACUAAAGACUCAGCAGGACAUUGUUCUAAAAGACUGAUCAAAGCCUUGCAUGAUUUAAUGUGAUGCAUUAAUUCCCAUAUCAGGGUUUCUUGCCCCAUAUUGUGGUGUUCAGUGUUCAGUUUACACAAAAUGGCCUGUUAUGCAUCAGUAUGGACAUUUCCUUAAAUGGCUGUACAUCCAUUCCACCUCCUCUGGUACGUGCUGGACUGAUGUAUUAUAAAUUUUUUGUGCACUGUAGCUGACUAGCUGUUGACCAACUUUUACCCUGUUAUUUAUAUGCGGCCUCCUGCUUUGGAAGACUUUGUAAUUUUAUAGGAAAUGUAGGUUGUUCCUUUUUAUGUCCACACAAGUGCUGUGCAUGAUGCAAAUCCUCAUAAAUGUUCUGU